GUGGCAAGGAGAAUAACCGAUACCAGCAUCGCCUCAGUCAGCUCAUGUCGUCGGUACCAGCGCCAGUGCGCGGGCGCCGUCGUCGCCGCCUUGUCGUCGUCUUUGCCCUCGUUUCGACUUCGUCAUUCACGGCGAAAUAAUUGCCCGUGAUGUCCGACAAUUGAGUCGUUUGAGCCUAAAUUUGUGCAACGAAUCGACCAGUCGUUAAUUUUACCUGAGACCGAAUUACAAUUGAUCCAGCAUAUCUUGCGUGAAAUAUGUGAACAUUUAGCGCCGUGUUGCCUUCUCUGUACAGUAAUCCGUACAUUAAUUAGUUGCCUAAUUAUUUUUUUCAUUUUGAAACGUUUGUAUGUCGAACCCGGAGUCCUUCAACCAUCAUCGAAAUUACGUGACAAAAGUGUACUCGCCCACGCAUUUGGUGAUCUAUUGUAGCCUGGAUUGAGUAAAUAGACGUGUUAUUCUUUGCAACAACAUGUAUAAAUACGACGCAACGUAUUAAUAACCAUUUGUUUGACUUGUUCUAUCGAAGCGCAGCAGAGAAUUUGGAAUGACAAAAUCGGAUCCAUCCACGGCUGCAAUAUCCCUAUAAUUGCACGAAGAAGUGAAUAGUCGUUACAAUUACACGCGCAUAACGCGGAGCGACCAAGGCGUGGCGUCAUCGAAUACGAUUAGCUCAUCAUCGACGUAUCAAAGACUUUUCAUAGUAGCGAAAGUGGAACCACCCACUCACACGGUCGCGAUAAUGCGCCGUAAUCCGCACGAAGGAAUAAAUAACUACGUACGUGACUGAAGGAGUAAAUACGAUUAUACACGCGAAUGUAAAGCGUUAAUGACCAGCGUCAUCGAACCCGAACACGACAUAUCAAAGAGAGUGAAUUGAUGAAAGUGAACCCUACACGCAUGAUAACCCGGUUACUCUGCGCAAUUUCGUGAAAUUCCAAGUGACCAGUCUUGAGUCCGAUCUACUAAUUAAGUCAUUAGUAAUCAUAGCUCAACGUAAUUGAACUUAUUCGAUUUAUUACAGAUAAAGAAGACAUGAAAGAUUUGUAACAGCAACGUGAUACCUAUUGUCUCGUGAUUCACGUAAAGGACAGACGACCGGCUAUCGAUUACAUGCAUAACUUAGAAGCGGACAGUGCAAAAGAAUUUGAUUGGUCUGUCAUUACUGAGGCAUCAUAAAAUAAUUGUACAAAUCGCGCAAAACCUUGACGAAGUGCGCAGGUGUCUCCUUGACCAAUAACACAUGACACCUGAUUGCAAGUCUCAAAGUUGACCUAAUCAAACGAUCGAAUAUAUCUCAUCGAUUAUACUUCUGGCGAACAGUGGUUAUUAUGGCUAUUACAGGAUACCUCCGGGAGAUGCCGAGGCAACGACUUUAUCUGAUCACUAAUUAUCGCGUGAUCAUUACAGAUUACGGAUGGUGCAUCGCUACGUGAAUUAAUGCGUGAGCUGUUCGCCUUCGUUUUAACGCAUCAGCGAAGUUAAAUAUCAGAUUUGCGUGAACAACGAAGAGACCGAUUUGAAAACUGUCAAUUGCAUGAUCGACAACGUACUAUUGACCUAUUGUUGCACGUAAGUGCAAUCAUUCAAUUUAACGUCCCGAGUAAGCUCUUUAUUGUCGAUAAAGGCUUUUUUUAUAAAUCGCGCAACCUGCAGUUAUGAUCUGUAAAUAUCCUGCAAUCUGCUCGAGAAUUAUAAAAACGAUCCACUACGGUCAAUAUCAGCACGGUCCAAUACUGUGCCAUGAUGUGUCACUGUGAGAGCCCGAAGUAACGUUUUAAUGCGAUCAUCAGCAACCAUCGUCCUGACGAUGUUUACAUGACUAUCAACAGAUCGUAACUCGUACCUGAAUAAACGUAUCAAUAUUUUCUUCAAUGUAUCACCACUAAUAUCGAUUAUCAUAUCCGUAACGUUAACAUCGAGAUUCAAUUAAGAACACGACCAAUUGAACAGAUUUAUAAUUUCUUCAAUCGAGCUAUUUUUAAAGAUAUGAAGCAUAGAACGGCCUCCAGUUUGCUUUCAUAGUCUAAGCUUGGACAAUGUCAGCACACAUAUAAAUCAAACAUCGAACAGAUCGAUAGAGAUAGAUCAAGGAUAAAUUUGAGUCAAUUCGCUUUAAGUUCAUCAGGAUUAUAGAGAGAAUUGAUGCCGAAGAGAUUUAAUUAUACGUCCUAACGUCCUAACGUCCGUGGACAAUUAAUUGAUAUUGAUAAGAUUCACCUGACCAGUUUGAGGGGCCAACGGAUUCUCAAGUUUCACGGGAAAACGGAGCAACGAAAGAAGGGAACAAAGAGGGGACCAAUAUUUAGCAGCAGCAAUAACCGACGAAGGGACCACGAAAUUUAAUUAAAUAAGGCAGUCGUCAUGAUGGAUUGGGGAAUACGACGUUCCAUUAUGUUUCACGUGAGGAGGAGGCCCGCAGAUUACAUGCCGCGGAAACGUAAAAAGAAACCAGCCGGAAAGUGGAACGAGUUGGAUCACAGGUACGAGGACGAGAGGCUACCAUUCCUACUGGAACUUAAUCCUGAUGGCAGCGAUAUCCCGAACGGCGCCGGAGUGCGACACCGAUUACAGCCGAAUGUCACGGAGGUCGGGUCGGAGAGACCGAUAGGACCGCAAGCGGUGCAAGCGCAGACGUUGACGCUGCCAGGACCGACGGUGAUGCCCAGGCAUUGCGUUAUAGCCUUUACCGAGAACAUUGUGACCCUCACGCCGUGUUCCAGAGACGCACAUACGUACGUCAAUAACCAGAGGAUACAUCAGACGACCAUUCUGCAGAAUGGAGCUAUCAUCAAAUUCGGUAGAAUGCACACCUUCCGAUUCAUCGACCCAGCGCCGGAAGAGCGCAUUAGGCAGAGACAGGAUUCUAACAAACAGAUCGACUACGCUUACGACCGACGCUCGCCGGACGCGACCAGUCAGGACGUCAGCUCGGAGAAGUUUCAUCCGGGAUCUGGAACACCGAACGGCGGUGGUCAGAUCCCGGGUCAGGCCCAGGAGCGGGCGGCUCCGUCGAGCCCCUCGAAGUCCGCUGUCGCAGCAGUCCGUAGCCCUCGUAGUCCCACGCAUCCGCCGGAGCCUACGCAUAAUUAUGAGACCACAUUCGAUCUGGAUGGAAACGUGGAGACCGCUAGUCUGAGCAGCAGCAGGGACGGCAACAGACACUCACAAUACGAUCGGCAACCGCGAGGCACGGAUCCGAUCUUGCCAGCUGUCUUAGAAUUCCUCGAGGAGACAGAGGAGACCUUCCUCCACGCUGUCAUCACCGAUGUAGAACCCUCGGCGCCACAAUUUAAGUUGGCGCCAACCUAUACCCUCUAUCUCAGCGCGAGAUAUCGCGCCAGCACUCACUAUAAACCAGAAUUGCAGCCCACGGAAAGAGCGCACCGACUUACCGUCAUGUUGGCGAAUGUCGCUACCAUGAUCCAACGCGUUAUCCAGGAACGUUACAUGGACGCUUCGUCGUUGGCCUUUUGGUUGGCGAACGGUUCGGAACUGCUACACAUGUUGAAGAGUGACCGGCACGUGGGCGCAUUUUCCACACGGGCACAAGACAUCCUAGCGGAUGCGGUGCAUACAGCCUUUGGUUCGCUAGUGCGUUGCGUCACAUUAGAACUCACGCCAGCAAUGACACAGUUCAUGGCGGACGCAGAUGAGCCGGCAAAGGAAGCUGGAGUGCUGCAGAUUUUCUCAAACACGAUGGCCCUACUGCGACGAUGCCGGGUGAAUGCUGCGUUGACGAUACAGUUGUUUAGUCAUCUGUUUCACGCAAUCAACGCGACAGCUUUCAACACUCUCGUCUCGAACGGAAAUCUGUGCGUCAGAUGGUUCGGACGUAGACUCAAAGCGAGGCUGAACGCAUUGGAGACCUGGGCCGAGAGGCAAGGCUUGGAACUUGCCAGUCAAUGCCACUUGGCGACGAUCAUGCAGGCGACUCAUCUACUACAGGCUCCCAAAUACAAUGCUGAGGAGCUGGCAACGCUAAGCUCGACUUGCUUUAAAUUAAAUUCUCUGCAGGUGAGGGCAUUACUACAAAAAUAUCAACCGGCCGCGGACGAGCCUAGGCUACCUGCCGAAUUGAUCGAGAAUGUGGUGAGAGUAGCAGAGAGUGUCGCGGAUACACUUGCACGUGCAGAUGGCCGUGAAAUAAGACUGGAAGAGGAACCUGUUCUAGGAUUAGCAUUAUUACUUCCUGAGGAUGGUUACAGCUGCGAAGUAAUAAGAGGAGUUCCACCAGGACUGGCGGAAUUUCUGGCACCUCUGCAACGAGAUGGUUUAUGUCGAAUGGCAGCCCAACCCACCAGUAGUGGCUAUUGGACCAUUUACAUGAUAGACCAUCACAACAAUUUGCGUAGUCCUAGCGCAAUGAGUAAUAGGUCUGGUGGCUAUAUCAGUCACAUUAAUCAAAAUCAAACUCAACCUGAGAUACACGUUAUUAAAUUGCACAAGAGUACCAACGGCAUGGGCUUAAGCAUCGUUGCAGCAAAGGGCACAGGACAGGACCGAUUAGGUAUCUACAUCAAAAGCGUUGUUGCUGGUGGUGCUGCUGAUGCUGAUGGUAGAUUGACGGCAGGCGAUCAAUUACUCAAAGUAGACGGACAAAGUCUGGUCGGGAUUACGCAAGAAAAGGCUGCCGAGUAUCUUGUGCGUACCGGUCCGAUCGUGACAUUAGAAGUCGCAAAGCAGGGCGCUAUAUAUCAUGGACUCGCAACGUUAUUAUCUCAACCUUCUCCUGUGAUGACAAGAGCAUAUAAGACUCGGCCAAGAUCCGAGCUCUUAGAGCCGGCGGUAGAGACGACGGAGACGACCAAUAGUCAACCAGCCACGUCACACUCGAUGGGCGACUUAUUGUCCUUCCCGAAGCAGGCGCCGUGUCAGGAUUCAGUUCAACCAGGUGCGAUCCCGUCUCAAUGCGUCGAGACAUUCCCUUACUAUAAUCAAGUUGACCGAGGUUUCCCACGAGUCAACAUCGACGAGUGCCGUUCCACGCGGCAAGAUCCGUUCUCCAUUUUUCGUCAGAGAGGCGCGUUUCGCGGCGUCGUCGACGAGAAAGAACACUAUCGUCCUUCCACCCCCACCGUAUCUCCCGUGCGUCUCCCGAGAUCUCGUAUGCCCUGUCCCUUAAUCUCUAUUACGAGCGACAACGAGAUAUCAUCCAUCUUGUAUCAGGACGAGAGCGACGAGAGCGACGAUAAAAUCAUAGAAGAAGAAGAGAGUAACGUGGAACAAGGCAGAGCCGCGUCGAGUAAUUCUACGGACACUUUAAAUCCAUUCGAAAGGAUCACCACUCCGCCGCUGGAGUAUGCGGGGACUACGAAAGAUUACAAACACUCGUUACUGACUUUCGAAGAAAAUUUUUUCGAUGCUAUACCCUACAUCGAUCAAACCGAAGAUAUUAAUUACACGGAAUCCUCUGAAUGUGUUCAAGUAGAGCCGAGUAAGAAAUGCGAGCAUUGUAUUAAAGCUGGUUGUGACGACAACUUUAAUCGUAGAAAUUUUCAGAAACGUAUAAAUGUAGAUCGCGAUAGAAAACAAACUCUAAGUGUUCCACAAUCUAAUUUUGAGUUAUUAGAUACGGGUAGCAAUCAGAACUUUUCAUCAAUUUCUAGCUCCUUCCCUACGAAUAAAUCAAUAUUGUUCGUCAAAGACGCUACAGCUGGGUCAAAUUGCAUUACAGAGAUAUCAUCCAAUUGUAAGUCGGGUGACUUUUCGCGUCUUCAAGGUGCGGACAAUAUUACAAAACGUACGUUGAACAUCGAUGAACGAUAUGGCGAUAAAUUAGACGACAUUUCCAAUUCCGAAGAUUGCGCGGAUGAGUCUAGUUCCACGAUUAACGAUGAUUGUGCGUCGAGCAGAGCCGAUAGAGACGCCGAGGGAGGAAUCUCGACUCCUAAGAUGUACACGAUAAUGCCAGAGUUGCAUCUUGAUCUGAGCGGACUGAACAGCGAUGUGUCUAGUGACGAAUCCAAAACGGAGAAAUGCUGGAAGUCGCCGGAAGAAGUGCGUUUAGGGUGCGGCAGAGUUGCAGCGCUAGCGAAACAUUUCUCGAAGCUUGGCGAUGCCGGUCUGAUCAAAUUCAAGUCCACCAAGUUGAACGGUUCCCGUCAGUUCGUGUCGGAACCGAAUAUCAUAACGCCGGAUAAAAGCGACGAACAUUUACAUAGACCUUGUCACGCGCAGAAAGAAUAUAAAUCAGAUUCGGACUUGACAAAAGAAGGAGAUGAAAACUUUCGAAUCUGCUCAGCUGAGAGGCGUAACAAUAUCGUUCUAGUUGACGUUGAAACCAAUGGCGAUUUCGCGAUCGAGGAAUGUAGAUUUCAUCAUUGCGGCGCUAGACGAGUUACAAUUGCCAGGAUUCCAGUAAAGGAACAAGUUACGACUGAUGCUAAGGAAAGUACAAUUCUAGCAAUAGACGAGAAUCAUGAUAAGAAUAUUUUUAAAGGUAAAAAUCAAAGUUUAGUUGGUACGAAGAACAUAGCUUCGACUAAGGUUGAAAAUAUAUCGAGUAAUGGUAGCAAAGAUCAAGUGUUUCUUGGUAUCAAAAAGGACGCAACUUUUGCAGAGGUUAAAGAUAACAAUAUGGCAAUCGAUGACAGCAAAUCCCAAGCUUCUUUUACAGUGGAAAAUCGAAAAGAUGUGGAAAAGUUGUUUCCAGCAGAAAAAGUUAAUAUCAAAGACAGCAGUUCCAAACUCUCGCUCGAACAGCAGCAAGUAAUCGCAGAACAACUCGAGCAGUUCUCAAAUCUGGAUAAUACCGAUGCGCCUUUAUUUAUUCCGGAGCAAGACUUGGCGCAAUCUUCUGCCGUUUCCACAAUAAAUGAGAAUAACGGUACAUCCGCUUAUGCUUAUAGCGAUUCGCCCCAGUCAAAUUUUAUAAAUCAAUCAGAAACAACGCCUCGAGAGAAAUUAUCGUUGUUGACCGAUAACUUUCAGAAAAUGUCGAAAGCUCCUGACUCUUCGUUAUCUUCUUCCCUGCCUUCCGUUCAUUCACCUUCCCAUUCUUCCAUCGUACUGUCGCUAUCGAACGUUGCAAAGAGUUCUCGGUCCUCGGAAGAUAUCAGGUCACAGGUUCGUCAGUAUUGCGAAAAGCAUCCCAAAUGCCUAUUUAUAGACAUUUCUCAUUCCGCCGCUAAGAAUUGCUCCAACAGCAGCUUUUUAGAGAGCUCGUUGAUACUUCCGCGACAUGCGAAUGCGUAUUCACGAUCGGGUGAUAACAAACUGAACGUCCUGCGAAUGCGAAUUGCUAAACCUCUCUGUAAGAGCGAAAGCAAUCUGAUCGGUACUGCAAUUUAUGGAAAAGAAGAGAUUGAGAAAGCCAUAGAUCUUCACAAGUCCACUAAGACGCGAAGCUGUGAAAGUAUCUUGAACAACAAAUUUUUAUCUGAUUCUGACGAUCGAUCGCGAUCUUCUGAAAAUCUUCGCGAAGAUCUUGAUUCAUCUUACAAGUCCUGCAACAGAUCGAUCUCGAGUCCCAAGGGGAGUACGCGAUGGCAACGUCAUCGUUCUCUCGAAGAAUUGAAAUUGAAUAAAGGCUCCAGAAAGCGAGACAAUCCGAUGAAUUCUACUUCAGUUCAAACUGCCGAAGACCAAACAAAAUUUGGCGAAUUCUUUGGCGAUAAAUUAGAGGACGGCACGCGAUGGAAUCGUCAUCUGUCGCUUGAAGAAUUGGAAUCAAAGAGAGAACCGCGCGAGAAAGACAGAUGGACGAAUUUAGAUCGAACUACUGAAGUACAGAGAUCUGACGGGAAAAAAAGAACUCGUACAAAGCGCAAGAGCUACGAUCGGCUGAAAGAUAGCUCUUUUAAAUUAUCGCGUGAAAACGAGACAAAAAAUAUAGGACGAUUAAGAGCAGAACGGAAAUCUCAGAGCGAGUUUGACAUUUCGAGACGGAAGUCCGAUUCGGAGAGGGACGGUUGGAGCUUCCGCGAGAUCAGCUCGCUGAAAGAUGAUGACCGGUCCGCCUUGAGUCCUCGUCGCAUGAGCGAGCGAGAUUUACCGUCGCGGCUUGGACACGACGCCACUCCUCAGCAAAUCCACAGCAGCAAGUCUGUGCCGGCAUUGCAUAAUAUGGGUACCGAGACCAAGCAACAGCAUGAGGUGUUUAAUCCUGGAUACAGCAGAGCUUCUUCCAGUAACAGCGUUACACCGCCUGUUCAACCACCUCCUAUGGCGACGAUCAACAGUGCAACUUCUUUACGCUCCAGGUCGAGCCAUAAUUUGCACGAUCCCAUGAGAAUCGGAACUUUACCGCCCACUGGCUUAGUCAGCAGGCAGCAAUCGUCGCCUAAUUUGAAUCCAAAUGCAACGCACAUGAACGCACCGUCGAGUGCACAGGGCACAGAAGCAGAGCGAUUUUAUCAGAAUCUGAGUAUUUAUCGAAAUCAAGACCCGACUGUGAAACAACAAAUUAGUUUACAACAACCAGAUGACAGGAAUCCUCAGCAUAUUCAAAAGAGUUCCCUGAGGGGUUCGCAGAACUCGUUGAACCGUCCAUCUACCAUGGAAAUCGGCGGUCACAUCCGAGACCGUCCGACGUCCGCGUAUGUCACCCCAGGCCAGCAGCAAAGCUACUCGGCGGUCAGCAAUCAGAUGCAACAACACAGUGGAGGACCACCGCCGCGUUCCCAAUCGUCGCGCGACAUCAUCCGCCAGGAGGCGAAGAUGCAGGAGAUGCAAGAGGAAGUUCGUCGACGAGAGUUGCGCGGCGGCGCGCCGCUGCUUAAUCAGCAUAGACCGUCGGGGAUGUAUAACAUGGGCGCUCGAGUGGCAGCUCCUCCUGCUCAACAAAUGCCGAAUACCUUGAAUGUACGCACGCCGAGACCACUCGGUUCUACAUCGAGCCUGGGCACGACCUCCAGCUACGCCGCGAGACAAAACGCGCCCAGUUACAAUUAUCCGGAUGCCCAGUACACUCAAUAUAACAGCACGCAGUAUGGUCAGUACGGCCCGUAUAAUCAGUACCCUAAUCGGUAUCCGGUAAUCGGAGGUCAAUACGGCCCGAUGAUGCCCAAACCGAAGAACGAGGCAAUCGCGCGCGGCCAUCAACCGAUGCCCAAUGAGAAUCUACUCGGUAGAGACUCGAGCGGCCAGGAGACGAAGUCGUACGCCGAACAGAAUCGACAUUUCGCCGGCUCGCAAAACAGCCCACAUUAUCCAAACGGCAAUCUGGACCAGCGCAUCGAUCAGUAUGGAAACGAUAACGUCAAUCGCGCGCAAAACGGAGAAAGCCACUCUGUGACGACGUCGGAAGUGCCGCCAACGAGACCAUCUUUACCGUCUGAGGAGUUUAACGAAAGUCCACCACCACCACCGCCCAGUACUUCGACGCACCCUCUGUACAAGCAAGCCGACACAAGGUAUACCGCAAGCAUGCAAGAUCCACCACGAGGUAGUUAUUACCCUGCGGGAGGAAUCAGUGCCAUGCAGCAACCGCGUCAGUAUCAAUAUAGCGCGACAAAUCCUUGGCAACGAGAAGAAAGAGAAAAGGAACAAGCCCGUAGGCGAGAAGCCGCUCGACAAUGGCGAGAUCAGCAGAUCGCCGAGCUGAGCGCGCUGGCGCAUCGAACGCAGCAGCAGGAAGAGCAGCUGCGAGCUCUCCAACUGGAGAGAGACUUCCAGAAGAGGGCGGAGGAGAUUGCCAAUCAGGACGAUGAUGAGGAGAGUAAUGAUUUAGACAACGAGAGCGUGCAGCGUGUUCAGGGCUUACUGAGAAUGGCGGCCAGUCAGGACAGAACUGUCCAAGGAACUGUGCAGCCACCAAUUUUAUCGAGAACGAUCGCAGGCAACCAGUCUAUGAGAGGUGGUUUACCUCUCCAGCCCCUCAACAACCAACCUGUCACCAGUAGCCAUGCUCAUAUUCUAUCCAAUCAAACGGUGUCUCAGAAUGUUGGGAUGAGUGGUCCUGGUCAAGAAAAUAGUGGUUUGCAUGUGCAACCAAAUCAGCAGCAACAUCAGCAGCCGCAACAACAAACAGCAACAAGUCAGAGCGAAGAGCAUGUAUCGACCUCUAGUUAUGGCACACCUCUUAGCCAUUUCAGUUCCGGUCAGAAGUCCUAUUCCAUAGGCAUGUCACACUCCGUGGAAGACAGGGAACUACAACGGAGAAUGGACGAGGUGAAGCGGAAGCAGGCUGAAUACGAGGAGAACCAGAAGAAGCAGGAAGAACAGCAACAAUUACAGCAGCAAACGUAUCAGCCGAGCCAACAUUCGCGAAGUCAGCUGCAUCCCGGCAUGUUACGCUUGGAUAACUUGAUUAUUAAUGGCCCCAACGUAUCUAUGCCUUCGCAAAACAACGUAAAUGAUGCACCCCCGCCACCAGAACGAGGCUCCAGUUACGCCGUUAUGUCUCAGCAAAGUGCUCUCAGAUCAAACGGCUCGACUACAUCUAAUCUACCUCCCACUUCUCAACAGCCAGCAUCUAUGAAAAGGGUCUCUUUUCAUGAUUCGAAUGCAAAUAGCGAGUCUAUGCUGCGCAAUGUAUCAUCUGGAACAUCAAACCCGCCGUCAAUCUCAAUGGACACCAUUAGAGAAGAUCCCAACAAUUUUAUCAACGACGCGGAGAAUUUAUUAGCCUCUCCCAAGACACCAGAAGGGUCCGGGACUUCGUUUACUGGCGCCACCCCCGGUGUGAUCGGGGCUCAAGAAGUCUAUAAGGAUCCGAGGCAAAAGCGACUAGCGGAGAAGCAGAAGCAGCAGCAGAACUCACAGAUUGGCGCGGUGCCGGAGAAGCUCAGCUUCAAGGAGAAAAUGAAAAUGUUCGCGAUGGAGACUGGCGAGGACGGCACGCCGCGGGAUAAAGUGAAGAUCUCGCGCGCCCAGCGUGAGAUCGACAACAUCAGCAGUCCGCUUAAUUCCAAUAGUAACAACAAUAAUAAUAACAACAACACCACCACUACCAGCGGCAAUAACACCAAUAACAAUAGGACCUAA